GCUCUUUCCAAAAUUGGAAUAUAAUUUAAAUAAAAACUUUUUCAAUUUUCCCAUUGUAUUAAUUACAGAAAACAUUCCUUAAAUUCUUAUACAAAAGUAACGCCUCCAAUUUUGCUUACUUAACAGAAAGAGUUAACGGCAAUUUGUUUUAACAGCGCGCCACGGGUCGCUGUUAUUAACAUUUUAACUAUAUGUUAGCCGAACUGUUAAGCGUAUCGCAGCACAAGCUUAGCUAGGAUAUUAUUAAAUAAUAAAAAAUUAGGAAUUUAUAGCGCCAAAAAUGUCCUCUGAACACAACGAUCCCAAAGAUUCGAGCUUCCCCUCGUCGCCCACCGCCCAAAUAGCUGUAGAGUUGAAGCCCCCCGUGGACACAUAUAUAAAGUGUCCUUAUGACGCCGGGCAUCGCAUUUUGCGCAGCCGUUUAUCCUGGCACUUGACCAGAUGCGCUCGCAAUCAUCCCGGCAGCAAUAUGAUACGCUGCCCCUUCAAUAUCACCCAUGUGGUGCAUAGCUCCGACAUGGACUCGCAUAUUAAGAACUGCUCGAGCCGAAUUGACUUCGAGAGAUUUCAAAAUCCCGACGUGUUGCCGCCCAAAGAGCCAAUUGCCUCGCCCGUUCCCUUGGUGGAGUCCUCCGAGAACUGGGAUGAUGAGCCCCCGGUGGAAACCUACGAUCCGAGAGCCUACUGUGAGCAGAACCUCGUGAUACGCAGCUUAGUCGGUGCGCCGCCAGCUUCGCGGCGCGUUUUUCGCGAACUCGAGCGAAAGCGUUUUCAGCAAAUUAGCCAAGGCAAGAACAACUAAAAUGUGAUUUAUACAUACAUACAUGCAAACAUACACAUACAUACAUCAUUUUAUGUACAUAAAUUUCAA